UGCUUAACACAGUGAGAAAUUUGAGCUUCGAAAAUUAGGUAAGUUAUGCAAAGAAAAUAUUUCUAUUAUAGCUUAAGUGACUUACUUUAGCAAAAGUCAGUCACAUCAAGUUCAUUGAAAUCCGAAAGUUAUGAAGAAUUCUAUGCCUGAGUGAAUAUAACUUAAAAAACUUGAUUCCAAGUUCUGUAAAUCGUUUGGAACUUGCUUUCGAUGGAUAACUAUAAAAUUAGUUAUUAAGAGUUUGAAAUUGCUUAUUUCUGCUCUCAUAAGUCUGACCCAAUGGCGUCCUAAAAUUUUCAAUAAAGAUGUUUUAUUAGCUCGAUACAUCUUACUGGAAAUUCAGGUAAGUUGUAUAAUCAUAGAAAUAUCGAUUUAUUUAUCUGCUGUUUUCGUAAAUAUUUAUUAACACUAGUAAAAUAUUAUAUAUGAUAAUAUAAAAAUAUUGGUUCCUUAUAUAAGUAUAUUAGUUUCACCUAAAGUUUAUUUCGCAAAUAUAAUUACAAUAAAUAAAUCAAUUAUUAUUUUUAAGUGUCCACUCUUUAUAGAUUAGAAUUAACUGUUUAAAAAUUAUAAAUGUGUUAUAACAAUGGAUUACAUUUUUGAGCCUCAAUUUUUAUAACUUCAAUAUUUAAAAGUAUUUUAAUUUGUUUUCAUUUUCAUACUUUUUCAUGGUAUAAAUACAAAUCUAUGUAUCACAUGCAGGUAUUGGUGUUCAUCAAAGAAGGAUUGUUGUUAAAGGAGUGUUAAUAAAUUGCAAAAAAACCCUUAAGAUACUGUACCACAAUUUUAUUAAGGUGAAUGACUUGAGAGUGCAACACUUUCGCGCGUGACUGAGGCGCGCAGAAAAAAGCUACCAAAGGUAUUUUCGUCAAGAAACCUUUCAACUGUAAGAAUAUACCAUUCCUAUAACAUGAAAGGCCAAAUAUGGGACCUUUUAAUUAUUGUAAAAAGAGUUGAAAUUGAAGUUUCAGUCUAUUUGAAGUUUAACUUUAUUUAUAUCGAACUUGUAGCAGUCUGAUGUCUUUCACACACCGCCAUCUAAUGAAUGGGUUAACAGGUCUUAAUUUAUUUAAAUAAAGAAACACAAUCGAAACACUGUUUAUAUUUACCAUUCGGCGGCUUCAGAUAUUAUAUACGAGCACUGUCUAUUGCUUAUUGCAGUGAAAUAUUUGAUCUUAGGAAAUAAGGUAAGUUAAUUAGGCAGAGAAAAUUGUUUAUUAAGUAACAACAUAAUCUACAACAUUUCGCAACCAAACUUUGCAAUUUUACUAAUUUCAUUAUUUUCUUUUUAACUGUUGUGUUUUAUUCCCUUCUCUUUAGUUAGAUUAAAAUUUAGUCCAACAUGCAAGUUGUCCAUUAGAAAGAGAAAAUUGUUUAUUAAGUAACUAUAUGUUAAGUAAUUUACCUUAGCAAAAGUCAGUCAUAGAAAGUUAUAGAAAGUGAUGGAAAUCCGAAAAUUAUGAAGAAUUAUUUGCUUGAGCAAAUGUAACGUACCAAGCUUAAUCGCAAAUUCUGUAAAGAGAUUGAAACUUAAAUUAUUAAAUAUAUAUAUAACUAUAAAAUUAGUCAGUAAAUAAAGCUUAUUCCAAGUGUUACCAGCUAUUUUUUAUUAAAAAAUGAGAGGCAAACCAUGGGAAGCACAAUAAAAAUUAUUGUCAAUUAUCGACAAUAGUUUUAUUAAUUAACUCUUCACAUCUUACUGGAAGAACUCUGAUCGAUUCUUGCUUAUACAGUAUAUACUGUAUAGGGAUAAAUUUGGCUUGGAAAUUCAUGUAAGUCAUAUAUUUGUAGAAAUAUCAAUGUAUCUAAUUAUAUAAACAUGUAAAUAUUAUAUAUAAUUAUGAAAGAAUAAUAUAUUUUUAAGCUUAGAUAUCAACUUAUAUUUCGCAAGUAUUCUAUUAGACUAAUCUGUUAUUAUUUUAUAUGAGAACUUUUAAAUUAUAAUUUAAGUUUUUAAAAUUAAUAUAUAUAAAGAGUGUACAAAACUGGAUUCCAUAUUUCUGUGCUUCAAUUUUUGUUACUAGUUUUUCAAUAUUUAUAUUUUCUUCAUUUUAAAAAUUCUCCCUUCAUUUUCAUACUUUUUCAUGAGUUCCCUAUUUUAAACUAUUGAUUCCCAAUUUGUUAAACAAAAAUGUAAAAUAACGUUACAAUGGUUACCAAGUGUUCCAUAGCGAGUAAAAUGCAUUUAGAUGUUCACAACGAAUUUGUUUUCCCAGAUUCAUUUUAAAUCUGAAAUAAGCAUGCAAUGUAUUGGUUAAAUCGAAAAUCUACGAUUUUAAUUUCAUCUUAUUAAUUGUGAUACAGGCAUGAAAGUGAUAUUAUCCUUAAUAAAUUUUGGGAAAACGAUAUGGAAUUUAUAUAAAAUUCAUUGGACGUAACCUGGAACUACACGGAUCAAUUAUAAAUAUAGCUAUACGGUGUAUUGAACAACAUGCUCAAAAUUUUUAUCUUCAUCAUGAUAUACAUAUUGACCUUUUGAUGAUCACUAGAAAAUUCAACAUCGUCCAUCAAAACUUUAUAUUAUACAAGUUGGCCUAGUUUUCAUUAAUUUAAAUUGAAUAAUAUUCCUUCUUUUUCAAACUUAGUGAAUUUGGAACGAAAACAAUGCAGGCUAUAUACGUUUGUCUUUUGGCGUCACUAGUAUCCAGCUACUUGCUGUUUUCCGUUAACGCACAGGGUGAAAAUGCAUUCGACAACAACAUAAACCGCUGUCUUUUUGAUGGUUGGAGUAGGGGUAGAAGCGCUGUUCUUAACGCAAAAAUGGAAUGCCGUGGUCGCUCUUAUGCUGGCCUUUGUUAUGGUUUGAGGAGAGGAACGGCUUUAUACGCUGUUUGUUACAACCAAAAUACCCUCAUCCCUGAAUUUUCUGGUCACGUAGUUGCUCCACUUGGCAGAAAUCAAGCAGCUGCAACGGGACGACACGGUUUCAGGAAUGAAGGAGGACGUUAUGGUAAGUUGCCUGCUUCAUUUAUAAGUAUUGGCUAUAUUAAGUUUUAAUUAUUUCACUUUAUUUAAUAAGCCAUCUCAUGCAUCUCAUAUAUAUAUUUAAUCAGUGCCGUAGCAAGUUCGAUAACUGGCAGGCUGAUAUUCAUAUAUUCGUGUUGUGAGUUGUUAAUUUCUUUACAAAUGAUCUAUGAACACGAAUAUAUGAACAUCAGCCCCCCCAAAAAUUAUCGAGCUUGCUGCGGCACUGUUUAAUAAGCCAUCUUAUAGUUUGGUGUCUUUAUAAGUAUAUGCAGUAUGAUUUCUAGUUAGCUUAUACUUUGAACCGGUAGAAAAUUUACGAUUUUAAUUUUAUUAUUUUAAUUGUGAUACAAAUAUGAAAGUAACACAAGAUAUGAAAGUGAUAAAUUUUGCGAAACCUUUCAGAUCAGAUUUUGCAUUGAAUGAAAACUUACAAAAUUAAAAAAAAACAGUAUUUAUUUUUUUAUUUGCGCAUGCCUAGUAAUGUUUUCUAUUUCCUGCAAUCUGACUGGCUGCAACAGUGGGCAGCUUUUUACGAUAUCUUGACCGUGGUCCAAAAGUGUUAUUUUUUUAGCGAUAAACCGAGGAGUGAAGGCAAGUAGUAAUUUCAAACUAAAAACACAACCCAAAAAGUUUAAAAAUGCAACCUGCCAAUACUAAAUACAGUAAAAUACGGUGAAUGGACCAUUUGCAUUAUAGACUAAACUUUGAUCCAGACAAAAAUUUCAUCACAGCUUGAAAGGACAUCACAAGAUUAGUAAUAUUCCAAAGUUUCGUUGCGAAAUGUUGUAAAAUGCAGAUGAUAUAGCCUUGCGAAGUUUGCCGUUUUUCAGUCAUUUUGUAUUUUGACAGCCUUUGAUGGCAGUAGGUCUAUAAUGUAGUUAAUAAGCAACUACUCGGUUUCAAUUAAUGGGAACCCUGCGUCGUUCUAAGCGACGCAAAGACGCAUUUCUAUUAGCUAUAUAGGACUGCAAGCUCUCACUCCAAUUUCAAAGAGAGUUCAAAGAGAGCCUGAUCGCAGAAUAGGAAAACACUUUGCCAGUGGACGGUUCGCUAUAAAACUAAGUUAAAAUUACGGUUGUCUCGAACAUUUUAGGAUGGUUUCUCGUGAGAUUUGGAUAAAACAAGCACUCGUGAGUUUUUCAAAGACCUCAAAUAGCACUCAUCCUUCGGACUUGUCCUAUUUUGGUGGCCUUUGAAAAGUUCUCUCGUGCAUGUUGUGCAUGAAAAAUUCUUUCGUGCAUGUGCACAAACAAGAGUGCAAAAUUGUGUAAUAACAGUGCAAAGUUUUGUAACAACUGUCUUCAAGUAAUGGUCAGAUAUCGUGUAAAAAAAUAUGGUUUCUAUAUUAUUUAAAUUAAAAUAGCGCUACCUGAAUAAUUAUAUAAUUGCCUUAAACAUAAUUAAAACAAAAUUUCAUCGUUGAGUGAAAUUUUCGUCUUUUUAAAAGAACUGAAAUAGCACUAGUCAAAAACUCACUCGCACAUGUUCGCUCGAAACCAACCUAUUACCUACAUUAAAAAAAUGGUAUCGCAUUCUUCCUUUGUUUUAUGAUUCUGGUUGAACCAGUCAAUUUGUUUGUGUGCAUGUAUAAUUAUUUUGGCUAGUACGCAACACAUUUGACCGAAAAUCAAAAUUUCAAAAAAUAUCAAAAUUUGCUACGGUUUGAGGUUCGUAUUACUAAUCGAAUUAAUAACUUUUUAUUAAUCGAGCGCAAGGUUUUUACACAUCAAUAAUUAACGGACCUCGGUCCUUUUUUUGAACAUUUACCGAGUCCGUAGGGUGAUGUUUGUACAAAAAGACCGAGGUCCGAUAUUUCUCUGUAAAGACCGAUCAAGCGAGGUAAACUUAAACUUUAUUGUAUGGUAUUUAUAGGCAUGUUUACUGGAAACAAACAAGAAAAGCCUGAUUUGAAGUUCAUAUAUUAGUAGCGCGAUACACAUUUGAUCGAAGAAAACGAAAUUACAAAUGUAUUCCUUCUUUUCCACGUAAAAUCAUUUGCAGAUUAAAUUAUAAUUUUCAAAUUUUUAGUUUGUUUUGAUGUUUUAUUUUAGAAUGCAUGCACUUCUUUUUACGUAAUGAACCGCUGAUCCAUUGCGGGAAAAUAAUGGAUCGCUGAAAGUGCUUCUCAGCCAAUUAGAAUCCACCAUUUCACCGGAAGUGAUGUUUGCCAUAUAAAAAAAGGAAAUUAAAAAUUUGAAACAACUUAAUAUUUAACGAACGGUGCCUAUUAUUUUUUGUAUGAUUGUCUGCAUUUUUUUAAAGCUCCUAAGACACAGACGGACGAGAAAGAAGACUACGAGAAAUACUCACAAAAACCCAUUAUUCCAAAGUUUGACGACAAGCGUCGAUUUUUCAACCGCGGUCAUCUUACACCCAACGAAGCCUUCGAUGAUGAUAACGAACGUGAGCUUACAUUUGUAAACACCAAUGUUGCACCACAAUGGGUUGCGUUCAACAGUGAAAACUGGGGCAAGGUGGAAAGUGCAGUAAAAAGAUAUGCUAACCAAAAUAAUAGAAAAGUUUAUGUUGUUACUGGAACAGGUAAAAAUUAG